AGUGGGUGCUGUGAUACUUUAGAAAGCCACAGUUAAGCUAAUCAUGAGGUUGUGUAUAAUGUUUUUACUGUUGCUGGCUACUGGCCUCUCGGCUUUGCCAGCUCCAGAGUUCGAUGACCAUAACUCAAAAACGUGGAGUGCGGAAAAAGCCUGCAGUGAAGUUACAAAAACCACCAUAAUGGAAAACCAAGAAGAUCCAACUUGUAGAACUUAUGUAUAUUGUUAUGUGACAAAUGGAUCUGCAUUUUCUUUGAUUAAGAAUUGCAAAACAAACCAGUACUUUGAUCCCAUUUCGAAAACGUGCAGUUCUCAAGUCCCAGCUAAGUGUUCUGCAGAGGCGACGGAGUUACCAAUUGAGAAUCCCACCGAAUCCAGUAUUGAGUCCAGUGAAAAAUGCGAAUGCGAAGCUUAUUGGAAAACAUAGAUGAACCCACCUGCAAUAGCUAUAUAUAUUGCUAUGUUAGUAAUGGAUCGGUCUUGCACUAAGCCUGAGUAUUGUAUCUGAAUUUCCUAGUACCCCAUGCUUAUAAAUGUUAGAUUUCUUGAUGCCAACAAAAACUAGUAAUGAUUCAUGGCAUUUUUCAAGAUAUAAGCCAAUAAAUUCAUUUCUGCAUAUUCAAAACAACCUGAUUAUUUUUCCUGACAACAUCCACAGUUUACCCAGAAA